UAAAGACCCAGAGAGGUCAGUGGAGCAGAAGCAGCUUCCACCAGAGUAAAAGACUGGGCUGGACUGUGGACUGCACAGAGUCAUCACUGGCUGGACAUUCAUUUCAGUUUAAGACAAAUAACAGAUCAACAAUGACGAUGCUACAAGCAGCUACCACGAUACGCCUCUUCCUCUUCCUCAUCCUCACUGUACAAAUGACUGCGGCAGUAAGAAGUGGAAUUGCCCCAGAAUGCAAUAGGGCACGGCCCCAAGCACCUCCUGGAACUCAGGUGGAAAUGAACGAAUAUCCAAACUCUAUUGAUGAUGAAUUUGAUACAUGCCACAGACAAAUGUACAGGAAUAUCACAGCUAAAAAUUCAAAGAAGAAUUUAUUGGAGAUUGAAUUGAAUGGCAAUGAUCGCUUCAGGGAAGCUUGGAAUAAUGCCAAACUUGAACUUCAUUUAGGAAACAAAGAAAACUAUAAAUUAUCACACGAACAGCUGAGAAAAAUAGCUCUUCGUGCUUACACCAGAAAUGAAAUUUAUCAGGAACUGAACCGUAAAAUGCGUACUGGUAAAGGAACCUACAAGACUGAUUUUGGGCUGAUCUCUUUACACUUUCUGAUAACAGACGGCAUAAAAAACCUACAAAUCCAUCGUCGUGAAGAAUGUAUAACCACUUACCGUACCAUGAAUGAUGCAGUUUCCAUAUCAAGCCCGUAUAUCAUGCGAUUUGGCAGUUUUGGUUCUUCUUCACGUUCAGCCUCAGUGAAAUUUGGAAACAAGGCAUGUUUUAUCAUCAAAACUUGCCAUGGUGCAGAUAUAUCCCAAUUCUCAGCUGUUCCAGAGGAGGAAGAAGUGCUGAUACCCCCUUAUGAAAGGUUUCAAUCACAUGUAUUAGAUAUUCGAAGGGAACAUACAAAUCGUAUUCCACAAAGGGAAUGGAAUCGUAUUCCACCGAUAUUUAAUCAAUGUAACAGUGUUUUCAAGUUGGACAGUAAAGAUAAGAUGAGCAACAUGAAAUGUGAACUGAUUGGUGAGAAAGAGAAUAAAAUACUUGCUUUUUUUAAAAAAAUAAAAGCUUUGUUUGGUCAGAAAAAACCACUAGUUGCCUGAUUGUUUGUUAUGAAACAAUCACAGGGUAGAAACGUGUGAGCAGGUUAUGCCCAAAGCUCUGAAGACCACUUAACAUACAAUAAUACAACUGUAUUGUUCUUGUUGUGAGCCUUUGACUGACUGACUCUCAAAAAAAAUAAAGAAUUGCAGCAAAUCUGA